CAACGUCAUUUAGUUGUCAACACUGCAAACAACCAUCCAGUAUGUCUUCCUCCAUGGGCAGCGGGAUGUUCCCCGGCCAGCAAUCCGCUGGUCCUCACCCUGUCGGCGGCCCGGGUCAGCCGGGACUACUAUCUGGAGCUCCGGGGAACAGGGUCCAGGGCCCCAACACUCUGGUAGACGACCUAGAGGCUUCUUUCGAGGCUUGCUUUGCGUCCCUAGUGAGUCAAGACUACGUGAACGGAACCGACCAGGAGGAAAUUCGGACAGGUGUGGAUCAGUGUAUUCAGAAGUUUCUGGAUGUCGCCAGACAGACAGAAUGUUUCUUCCUGCAGAAGCGUCUUCAGUUAUCAGUCCAGAAACCCGACCAGGUGGUCAAAGAGGAUGUGUCUGAGCUGCGAAAUGAACUCCAGAGGAAAGAGCUGCUUGUUCAGAAACACCUGUCUAAGCUGCACCACUGGCAGCAGGUUCUGGAGGAUGUCAGUGUCCAGCAUCGUAAACCGCCAGAUCUCCCUCCACCUGGACCCCUGGCCUUCCUGGAACAGGCCUCAGCUAGUCUACCUGCUGCACCACUCAAACAGACCUAACACACACACACCUCUCUCUCUCCACCUGGACCCCUGGCCUUCCUGGAACAGGCCUCAGCUAGUCUACCUGCUGCACCACUCAAACAGACCUAACACACACACACCUCUCUCUCUCCACCUGGACCCCUGGCCUUCCUGGAACAGGCCUCAGCUAGUCUACCUGCUGCACCACUCAAACAGUCCUAACACACACCCCUCUCUCUCUUCUGGAAAGUACAUCAUCUUUGUUUUCUUUUUGACUUGUGUAAAUAUUUCUGAGUCUGUUUUUUUUUUUGCUGACAGGAUGAGUGAGUUUGGAUCAGAACACCACCUGUUGUUUUGUCCUGACAGAAUAAAUGAGUUUGGAUCAGAACACCACCUGUUGUUUUGUCCUGACAGAAUAAAUGAGUUUGGAUCAGAACACCACCUGUUGUUUUGUCCUGACAGAAUAAAUGCGUUUGGAUCAGAA